CCCAGAAAAAUACUAGCAAGGAGAUGAAAUCUUGGAAGAAGCUUCGGAAUCGCCCGGAGAGCAGAAGUUUGUGAUAGCGGGUUUUAGAGUGGGUUGCGAAAGGAGGAGAGCUAAUAGGAGUCGGAAUUAUGGAACGCCCGAGAGAGAGAGAGGCGAUGGAAAUCGAAAGCGUAUCGGAAUCGGCGGCGGCCGACCCACAAGAACUCGUCUUUUUUUUUGGGGUCCUAGAUUCAAGUGAUGAUGAAGUUGACUACUCUAUUAAACCGGAGUUCUACGAUCCAAAUCUUGAUGAUAAAGAUGAAUUAUGGGUUCAUAAGCAAAGAAAAGGUCAGAGCUCUGAUGCUGUUCUUAGCUGCCCUGCAUGCUUCACCACUCUUUGCUUGGAUUGCCAAAGGCAUGAGAAAUAUGUGACUCAGUACAGGGCCAUGUUCGUUCUCAACUGCAAGGUCAAGAUUGAUCAGAUACUGCGGCAAGGAAAACGGAAGUCAAGGAAGCCCAAGGGCCGCAUGUCUUCUAACAAGUCCCCAGAAAAUCUUGAACAUGAUGUGGUAUUCCGGCCUGUCUGCUGCUCUGUUUGCUCAACUGAGGUUGGAGUCUUUGACGGGGAUGAGGUUUACCAUUUCUUUAAUGUUAUUCCAAGCAACUCCUGAGCUUUUUCUUGACGGGCUUUGCUAAAUUUAAGUUAUAGGCAUGUGCUUUAAAUGUAGCAUAAUCAAUCACCUGGCCGCUGACUGCAUCAUGACGUUUCAUUUCUAAUGAAUCCUAAAGUUAUGAUGACGCGCUAAGUGUAACUCCUGUACAUGUAAUGCCAUUCAUAUUAAGUUUUUGUAUGGUUAUAAACUUAUAAUGCUGUAAUCAGAUGAUUAUGGCAAAUUGCUCCUACCAUAAACUGACUAUCAAUUUUGUUAUUAUGGUCACCUUUUCUGU